AUGCUAGCGCGGGCAUGGAAAUGGAUUGCGGCGGCUAGCGCCGUCGCGCAAAUCGCGUCCGCGGCACUGCCGGACGUCGAUUUAGAUGACAAUGACUCGAUCGCUGCCGUGGCCAAGAUUGUCGCGCAGGACAUGAUGUCCUUCUACCCGCCAUAUGGCGGCAGUGCGCCCGGCUGGACGAUUGGCAUCCUGCCAGGCCCUCCCCCGGAACCUAGCGUCAAGGGCCAGUAUUUCUGGUGGCAGGCCGGCGCAAUGUGGGGGACGCUGCUCGACUACCGGCACCAGACGGGCGACGACUCGUUUGACCAGUGGAUCACGCAGGCGAUGCUGGCGCAGGUGGGCGAGCAGCUCGACUUCAACCCGCGCAACUGGUCGCUGUCGAUGGGCAACGACGACCAGGCACCCCCCGAGGACCAGCCGCAGUGGCUCGCCCUCGCCCAGGGCACGCUGCACAGCCAGAUGAACAUGAACCGGCGCAUCGACCCGAACGCGAACACGCCCUGUGCAUGGGGCCUUCGGUGGCAGGUCUUCUCGGGCAACACGGGCUACGACUACAUCAACACCAUCUCCAACGGCUGCUUCAUGAACAUGGCGGUGCGCGUGGGCCGCUACACGGGCAACAGCUCCUACUACGAGUGGGCAGAGAAGACGUACGACUUUAUGCGCGGCCUCAAGUACAUUUCCGACGACUACCAGGUCUUCGACGGCGCCCAUGAGCCUCACCAGUGCCGCGACAUCAACAACCUCACCUUUUCCUACAACGCCGCCAUCGUCCUGCAGUCGGCGGCGUACAUGUACAAUGUGACCGACGGCGCCGAGAAGUGGAAGCGCGAGAUCGACGGCAUCCUGAACCGCACCAUCAUCUCCUUCUUUGGCGACACGGGCGUCCCUCUGGAGCGCAACUGCGAGCUGGUCGCCGAGGAAGGGUGCAACACCGACAUGCGGUCCUUCAAGGGGUACCUGCACCGCUGGCUCGCGUCGACGAUGAAGAUGGCGCCCUACACCGAGCCCACCAUCAUGCCCCUGCUGCGCUCGUCGCUGCGCGCCGCGCUCAAGACGUGCACGGGCGGCGCCAACGGGCGCAUGUGCGGCUUCCACUGGCGCGAGGGCCGCUUCAUCGCCGGGCCGGGCAAGGCCGAUGACGUCCCCGGUGUCAGCGAGCAGAUGAACGUCCUCGGCGCCCUGCUGAGCGUCAUGCGCACCGAGUCGGUCAGGCCCCCGCUGACCAACGCCACGGGCGGCACGUCCGGCGGUGACUACAACGCCGGCACCAACGGCGACUACGACCCGUACGACAGGUUCCGGCCAGUCACCACGGCGGACCGCGCCGGUGCGGGCGUCGCCACGGCCGUGUUCGUGGGUGUCUUUGCUGGCAUGAUGGCGUGGUUGAAUUGGGACCAGAUGAGGGGUGGUGGUGCUGGCCUGUUCCCCGUCACGUAG